UCACUUCCCGGCCCUCCCCGCCGCCAUUUUAGUUCCUGGAGAAGGCGGAAGAGCCGCCAUCAGCUCGCUCUGCCUGUUGUGUAAUCGUCGUACGAGGACUGUGUGAGCUCCAGCCGCCAUCAUGCCGUCCACCCCGCUCAGAGUGGCCGUGGUAUGUUCCAGCAAUCAGAACCGCAGUAUGGAGGCUCACAACAUCCUCAGCAAACGGUCCUUCAACGUCCGAUCUUUUGGAACAGGGACACAUGUUAAACUUCCCGGACCAGCACCGGACAAGCCAAAUGUUUACGAUUUCAAAACCACAUAUGAACAGAUGUACAAUGAUCUCCUUAAGAAAGACAAAGAACUAUACACACAGAAUGGUAUUUUACACAUGCUGGACAGAAAUAAGAGGAUCAAGCCACGACCAGAGAGGUUCCAGAACUGCAAGGACUACUUUGACCUAGUUAUCACCUGCGAGGAAAGAGUGUAUGAUCAAGUAGUUGAAGACCUGAACUCUAGAGAACAAGAAACGUGCCAAUCAGUACAUGUCAUAAAUGUUGAUAUUCAAGAUAACCAUGAAGAAGCCACAUUAGGAGCCUUCUUAAUUUGUGAACUUUGCCAGUGUAUACAACACACAGAAGAUAUGGAAAAUGAAAUUGAUGAACUGUUACAAGAUUUUGAAGACAAAAGCUGCCGAACCUUUCUUCAUACUGUCUGCUUUUAUUGAUGCAAGUCCAACCAAGCCUUAUUCUAUCUACAUUUAUAUCAUCAUAUUUCUGAAAAACUAAAUUGUAUAAAGAAAAACUUUUUUUUUUUUUUUUUUUUUAUGUUUUCAUUUUGGUUUUGUUUCCACCCUCUUGUGUUUUUCCUGCAAAGUGUUUUCCUUCAGGUAUUUUGUCCAAAACAAGCAGGGAUGUACAAAUGUUUGUGUGUAUAUAUAUAUGGAAAAGAAAAUAUAGACUGAAAGAUGUAUAUCAAAAAAAGAAGAAAAAAAAACUAUUUCUUAUGAUUGUGCUGCAUAAGUAUUAUUUUAACUUUUUUUUUUUUUUUUU